AUGGCGAGAGGUGCAAAUAAAACCAGAUAUAAUGAUGAGAAUGCUCAUCAAAGACAGGAAUCAGUAGAGGAAGCUGUUUUCAAGUAUGUUGGCGUUGGCCUUCGUGAUAACGAUGAUGAGGUAAGAUCACAACAGGACCUUAAAGAACAAGAGGAAGAACAUGAACAUCAAAAGGAACGUCAACAAGAACAGGAAGAGGAGGAAGCGGAAGAUGAUGCUAAAGUAAAAGAUGGUGACGAAAAUGAAAAAUCAAAGAAUACUGCUAAUGGUGAUGACGACAAUGAUGGAGAAAAUAGAGAAAACGAUAAUAACGAAAAUGAAAAUAAAAGUGAUAGACGCAACUCGACUACUGCUGAUGCCGCGGUUGCUGCAGUUGAAGAGGAAAUGCAAUGGCUAUUACAACAUGCUGAUAUCAACAACUCACAAAAUAACCAGCAAACAUCAGAUGGAAAUGAUCCUACUUCUCGUGAACCUCACGCAGUAGCAAUUGCUGCAGUAGCCAAUGCAUUAGCGGCUGCUCACAACAACAGAUCACAAAAAAGAUCUUACAGAUUGGCUAAUAGAGAGAAUGAAGAACCUAUAAAUGGAGAAAACAGAGGAAAAGAAGAUAAACAUAAUGACGGUGCAAAGAAUGCCAAGAAAAAUAAGGAAACUAGAUUUCAUGAUAAUAAUACAAGCAAAAAUAUCAAUGACAGACCUUCUAAAAAAUCCAAGGUUAUAAAAGAUAAAAAGAAUGAAGUUGCAGUAGAUCCAGAAUUGGCUACUUUGGAUGAUGAUACUGAGAAUCAUGAUCACCACGAUGUAGAUGUUUCUGAGCAUGAUCAAUUAGUAAGAAAGGCCAUCAUUGAUUCUGACUCAAUUACUCAACAUCCAGACUUCCAACAGUAUUUAAAUACAGAUGACGAUUACAAAGAAAGUAAACUUGCCAAAAGAAUGCUACAUGAAGCUGAACAAGUAGCAUCAGCCGAAGAUAAUGCCAAAACUUACGCUGAUUUACAAAAAUCUGCUAAUUUAGAUGAAAAUAACGAAACAGAAAACGGUGAGAAUAGACAGGCACAAAAAGCUGAAUUCCGUGAGCUAUUGCCAAAGGUUCAUAAUACAAAUAAUAGGGCAUUAGUAAUAGACGUUUCACACCUGGUUCAAUCGGCAGCAACAAAAGCUUCUGCAAGCAUAGUGGCCACAACAUCUCAAGCUAGUGGUAAAUCGUUUGAUGCAGCAGAAGAAGCCGCCUUAGAGCAGUUCAUUAAUGAAUACCAAAAAAUCAAAGAUUUAAGCAGAAAAGAAAUAUGUCAAAGAAUUUGGAGCAAUGAGCGUCGUAAGGAUGACUUUUGGGUAAAUAUCUGUAAGGUUUUACCUUACAGGACAAGAUCAUCAAUUUACAAACAUGUUCGUAGAAAGUAUCACAUCUUCGAACAACGUGGUAAAUGGACUCCACAAGAGGAAAGUGAAUUAGCUAGGCUAUGUGUCGAAAAGGAAGGACAGUGGUCAGAAAUUGGUAAGGCAUUGGGAAGAAUGCCUGAGGAUUGUAGAGAUCGCUGGAGAAAUUAUGUAAAAUGUGGUGAUAAGAGAUCAUCACAUAAGUGGACAACUGAAGAAGAAGAGUUAUUAAAGAAGGUGAUAAGUGAAAUGUUAAGUGAAGCCGAAAUAGCGAAUAAUGAAAACGAGUCUUAUGACAGAAAAGACGAAUUUGAUGAUAUUACAGAUAUGUCUAAAAAGGAAGAACGUCAUAAGACAUUCAAGGAUAUCAUAAAUUGGACUAUUGUUAGUGAACGUAUGGGAGGUAAAAGAUCUCGUAUCCAAUGUCGUUAUAAAUGGAAUAAGUUGAUGAAGAAGCAGGCAAUGGAUAAAAUAGAAACCAUAACAGAUAAUGACAAAAAAUGGAUACUAGGAAAAUUAAGAGAUUUAGGAUUUACAGAAGAUUCUCAAGUCGAUUGGGAUGACUUAGCCAUGUUAAAAGUAACCGGUUUAUCUCUAAGUGGCGCUGAAUUAAAACUCUGUUACGAAAAGAUGAGAGGCAAAAUAAAGAAUGCAAAGUCUAAAACUAUAAAUGAAAUUUCUAAAGAAUUAUUAACAACAUUUGAUGCAUGA